CGAUCGACCAGAGAGUGCAUAACUCAGGAGGGGAAAGGAAUAGGCUGUCUCGGAACGAAUGUGGAGUACCCAAUAGGCAUCGCAGCAGCAGGUCCCAACCGUAGUAGCGGGACCAAACUGCGAGCCGGAAGGGGCACUAGCUGAAGCAUCAAUUGGAGAUCUCAACCUGUGAAUUUUCAUGAUUUGCUUGCUCUUCCGCCGAUCUCGCAGGUCUUCCUCCUUCCGGAAGAGGUUUCCGACCGAGCCAAGUCGGGUUCCCUACGAUUGGAAGCCGGUCCUGGACUGGGCCGGCCAGAUGGAUGCACAGUGCUGCGAUCCUUUUGCCGUAUGGAACCUAAUUUGGCGACUGGGCCGAGACUAUUGGGUGGACGCAGAGCUUGAUGCAUUCGAUCAGUCUGCCAAAGACCCAAGAUCUUGUAUCUCGGGAUCUGGUUUAGUCUCGAUUCAGAUUGAUUAUUGCCCGGAGGGCCGACUGGCCGACGCCGUGUCUGGCGCUCAAAAAUUGAGCGAGUCUGCGGUAUCGACCACAUACAUACAGUACGGUAACAUGCAUCAACGUGGAUUCACCGUGAUCGACGCCGGUCCCCGAGGGGAUGGUGCAACCGUCGAGUGGCUGCCAUGUCCUGGAUGAUCCUCCUGCAUGCCUCCAGCAGGAUUCGGAAGGACCUGACGAAGGCAGUUGAUGACAUACGCACAGAUAGGCAAAUGAUCUUCCAAGUGCAACUAUCUGCAUGGCCACGGUUCCACGGGAUUUGCGUCUGCAAGUUUCACUAAGCAUGGUGCCCGGAUCGAGCAAAC